AUGGUUGUAUGUUGGAAAAUGAUCAUAACUCUCUUUCUACUCUAUACUGUCGUCAUUGAUGGAAAUCGAGUUCGUCGUAGCCGCCGACAAACUUUGGAUCGAGUAUUGAACUCUAUUAAUCAAAAACCAUUACUACCGAAUCCUCGAAUUUUUCAUGCUCAAAAGUACUCUUAUCCACAACAAGAUAAUAAAAAUGAAAUUGUAUUAGGAAAAAAAGAUAGGCGAUAUCAUCCUCCCAAUCAAGAUCAACAUGGUUAUGGAACUAUACAAGGUAUAAAUUUUCCAUAUGCUGGUAUAGGUGUUGGUCCUUAUCAAUAUGGACAGGGACAGUAUGGACAAGGACAAGGACAAGGACAAUAUGGUUACUAUUCAGGUUAUAAUAGUGCAAAUUUUUAUAAUCGUCCCGGUUAUGAUUCAUCAAAUUAUAAUCCUUCAUGGGGAGGCAAUCAGUAUGGUGGACACCGUUGGAAUGAUGGACAAAAACAAAAUACGAAUAUGUUUGUUGUUUUUCUUUCUUUAUUGGUUAGUUUAGUUAUUCAUUUGAGCUUGCAGAAAGAUAAAGACAUACUAAUUCUCUAUUAG